UACCUAACUGCGGCAGUCGGAGAGAUGUGCUCCCGUUGUAAGCACGUAUCUAUUACGUGAAGUGCACGCGCCUCACUUACGUACGACUGUGAUGCGUUUGAACACUUAUGUUGAAUGAAACAUUUGUUUUAAAAUAACGUCAGUGUCCCAAAUUAAAAACUAAGACGAUGUGGAAUAAAAAUAUGUGAUUUUUAUAAACAAUCCGCGAGUAAGAACUCGCAUCAUUGUCAUCAACAACUGAAUGAUUGGAGUCAGCAGGUCUGCUUCGACGACGAUGAAUGACAUGAUAAAUUAGAGUAAUUUGAACUUGAGAUAAAUAAUGAAUUCACUGGAAGAUAUGUUACCGACGGCCGCCAACGAGUCCGCCUCGCUGGCGGCAUCAGUGGACCCGGCCCAGUUGAUAGGACCCCAGCGAGACGAACUAUACAUUGUCAUUCCCGUCACAAUCAUCUACGUAAUGAUUUUUGUAACCGGCCUCAUUGGAAACAUAUUCACCUGUUUCGUAAUUGUCAAGAAUAAAACUAUGCACACGGCUACCAACUACUAUCUAUUCAGCUUGGCUCUGUCUGACUUACUGUUACUAUUAAGUGGCAUACCACAAGAGGUUUAUUAUAUCUGGUCGAGGUGGCCUUAUGUCUUCGGACCUAGCUUCUGUUGGUUGCGCGGACUAGCUUCUGAAACGUCCACUAAUGCCAGUGUGCUGACGAUUACUUUAUUUACUGUCGAGAGAUAUUUGGCGAUAUGCCAUCCCUUCAUGUCACAUAGAAUGUCAAAUCUAACCCGUGCGAUUCGACACGUGUGCCUCGUAUGGGUAGUGUCUCUUAUAUUAGCGUUACCGCCGGCACUCCAGCUUGGCAUCACAUAUCAAGAUGGAAUAGCCCUGUGCUUACAAACACGAGUCAUACUAGAACACUCCUUUGAAAUAUCAACAUUUGUCUUUUUCCUCGCUCCAAUGAUUCUCAUCUCGAUCCUGUAUUCCUUGAUCGGACUGCGCCUGAAAAAGGCGAGAAAUGAGAAGGAAAUGCAGGAACAAGCACUAUUCGAAUACAGCCGUAACCAGUCAACGACGCGUCGUAACCCACAUGCAGCGACCAAAAGAGUGGUGAAAAUGUUAGUGGCAGUUGUAGUUGCCUUUUUCGUCUGCUGGGCACCCUUCCAUGCUCAGAGGCUCGUCGCGAUCUACGGCACAGAUGAGAAUAACCAGGCAAAGUCAAAGCUCCUUCUCAAGGUCUACGCCUUCCUGACGUAUAUCUCUGGAGUCUUCUACUACAUGUCCACGUGCAUCAAUCCUAUUUUCUAUCAUAUCAUGUCCAACAAAUUUAGAGACGCUUUCAAGGUGACCAUCAAUCAGUUGUGUUGUAGGAGGCACAGACACGAUCCUAAACAAUAUUCAUACACCGCUAUUGCUCUAGGUCGCAUCCCAAGUUCUUUGAUCACUCCUAACUCAGGAAGUAUCAGAGUUCAACGAGAAAACAGUAACAGUUUAAAAAAUAAACGAAAAUAUGUAGAUGAAGCUAAUGGACAUGCAGCUCGUGACUCGUGCCAUUUGUCUGAUGAUAACUUACUGAUUCGGCAAUCUUCAGAAAGUGACAAUGAGAUCCCCGCCUGCAAGAGAAGGAGAUCGGCUACUAUGUCGGAAAUUUAUUCAAAACUAACCAAUAUUAACGAAUGCCAAUCAAAACGGCGUUUUGUGUCUACCAUUGAAAUUACUUCAGUCAAGGAAAAUAAUAACAAGACAAUCUGAAAUUAAAAAUAGUUAUGUAGGUAUGUGGUGUUAAUACGCAAAUAGUGGUAAAAAUUGAAAUUCGAUAAUACGUAAUUGUUGACAAAUAAUAAAAUUUGUAUAAUAAUUAAUAAUAAGUAAAAUCAUAGAUCGAUACAAAAUCCUGAACUUUGCUGGAGGUUGUUUCUUCUGCUAAUUAAAUUACUUACUAUCAGAAAUUUUGCAAAUAUUGAUCAGUUGCUUCAACUUUUAUGACAAAAUUUUGCAGACUUGUACAAAUAUAUAUUUUAAAAUUUAAAUGUUUUUUGUAAUGUACGUACGUAAGUAUGUCAUUGGUAUUCAAUUAUAAAAGGUUGUUGUGUUGAAUCUCCGAUGUUGAAGUUUGAGUCUAGACUUUAUUUAGGCGUAGGUACUUAUUGUAAAUGGCGAAGGUAAAGUUUAAGCAGAUAAUAUAAUUAGCUUAGAGUGGACAGUAAUAUAAACAGAUUUUGAACUCGUUCUUGUGUCCACCUCAUUACGACAGGAUUUCCACUCGAUAAACAAAACGGAUCAACUGGUCGGGCAAAAUCGAACUAAUUGAAGGAUUGUUUUAAUGAAACCAACUAGUUAAAAAAACUUUGGCAAUUUUGUAGCAAAAAAAUAUGCCGAUAUUAAUUUUCGUAUGGAAUCUCAUUACAUUUUCGAAUGUUAAAUAUUUACAAUAGUAGUACAAAUUUUCUAACAUAAAAGUGCAUUAUAAUUUUUCAACAACAUCAAGUAAGUAUUUUUUUUAAACUUAUUUCUGCUCUUUACUCUACUCUUUCCUGUGAGGUUUGAGAUUUAUCAAUUACUUGCUGAUCGAACUAAAUAUAUGUACAACCUGAUAAAUAUUUAGCAUCGAGCAAUAAACACACUCGAAACAAAGAAGUAUCGAAAUGUAAAAGAUUUUUCCUAUGGGUAAUAGUCAUGAAUAGCUAUAAAAAAUAAAUUUAUUAGAAUUAUUUAUGUAAAACAAUUUUAAAUUGAAUUUCCGACUUUAUUUGAAGAUAGAAUUAACAAGUUACAUACGCUGUGUUUAACAUUUAAUAACAAACACGAUUUAGAAUACAAUUGAGCUAUCUUCUGAUCGAUUUUUGCACAAUAAUAAUUCCUAUAUGUUAUAGAAAUGAACAAUAUGCACUGAACGUGUAGGACUAUAGAGUGUGUAAUUAUUGUUUUACAAGUAAAUAAAUCAAGUCAUAGGUAUAUUUCAUUCAGUAAACAUAUUUUUUUAAUUUUUGGUAUAUUCUUACUAACACGUCUGUUUCUUAUGGAUUCUUGUUAUUUCCAGAGAUUAUGGAUCUCCAUUAUUUUAAAUUUAAAAUUUGUGGUCGAACCAACUGUAUUUUUGUUUAUUUUAAAAGUUUUAUAUGGAUUUCCAAAAAACACUAUUCAUCCUUAAAUUACUAUGUAAUUAUACGGGUAUACUUUUUAAUAUAAGUUGAUAGGUACUGAGUAUAUGCCAUGCCAUGUGUUGUUAAUUGCCAGUAGAAUAGAUUAAGGGGGAAAAAAUUGGUUCUGUAGCCGUGUAAUAUUCUUAGACUAUAAUUAGAGUUAAAUGACAGUAUUUUUAGUCAAUUUCUUCAUAGAUAUAUAAAUAUACAACGUUAAUUAAUAGAUAACUUGUAUGUUUUUUCGGUGCUCAAAUAAGUAGGUAUGGAAAUAAGAGUCUGUAUUUGCUGAUAAUGUAAAUAGUAACUUUAAUAUUUCUAUUGCCUCUCUCUUAGAGGCAAUGUUUUUUUUAUCUCAUUCGAACGUGUUCCUUCCUGAGCCGAUGAGCGUCGGAGCCCAGGGUCCGCUUUCCUACUUUUUCGUCGUACAUUAUAUCUCAUGUUAAUCCUUCAUAUUUUCUGAAUGAAAGUGAAAACCUCUUUAUAAAUUGUAUAGUUCGGACAUAUCUAAGCCACAUAGUUAUGCUUAUAUGAAGUAACUUCCCAAGUUUGCAUUUGAUAUUAUAUUUUUUCAGAUGUAAAGAAAUCGUUUCCUGUUUAUUAUAUAUUAGUAAUUAGACUGUAGCAUAUAAAGACUGAACAUUUAUGUUUAUAAGUUGUAAGAAAUAAUAAGGAUUUGAUCGAGCUUAUUAUGGGACUGAUUCACUGUUAAAUUUUAUUUUUUUAUCCAAGAACUAUAUUUUUUUAUAAUUUUGCAUUAUUUAAAUAAAGUGCCUGUGUAACUUACCUGAUCAGAGAUUUUUAAGGGGGUACUUUAAAAAAAUAUAUAUUAUAAAAUAUAAAAAUAUAAUUUUUUUGAAAUAUAUAAUAUUUAAAAAAUUGUUAAUGUAGUAUUUUAGUUUUAGUUAUUUUGUGUAAUUUUGCACCAUAUAGAAAAUAUAUAUAACAAUCUUAACUAAAAUAAAAAUAUCUGUGAGACGUACCGAACUAAUCACAUAGCAGUGUGAUUGUCAUGGCAUCACAAUGGCAUACUGCGAUUGGUUCACGACGUUUCACUUCCAAUCGACACGAUGUCGCGCUACGCACACAUCGUUGAUGUAAUAUUGUUAUUACCACGGUGGCCAUGGUACAGUCAACAGCACAUCAAGUUAUAUGAACCUCUAUGGCGCGGUAAUUGCGGCGAGUUUGCAAUGAAUUUGAUGUACUAUUGACUGUAUCUAUCUACUAUAUGGGAAAGAGAAACUGUCAAACAAAAAAAUAAUUUUAUAAUCGGUCUACGCGACUUUUAGUAUGUAAACAUAUCGCGGAGAAUUGUACAGUCAGCGUUGAAAUAAUAGCUAAAAUAAGAUAAUAAUAAUAGCAGACUGCUAAUAUAAAUAUGAAUCAAGAUUAAUAAUAUAUUUUGAGCACCUUUUGUGCUGACACAUAGGGAUAGGCAGAGAGCAAGAAGCGACUUUGUUUUAUACUAGGUAUGUAAUGAUUUUUCAGAUAAUUUUUACUAGACGCUUAUAUCAUUUUGACGCUGACAGUACCUCUUCCUUUUUUUAAGUUUUUUAAAAUGAUCGUUGUUUACUGCUGAGAUAAUUUGUACUUACUUGUUAAAUUAAUUGUGAAUCUGAAUACCGAUCUGAAUCCGGUAACUGAUGUAAGUAUGUAUAAAUGAAAUAGACCUGGUUUGUUAUGUAAUAAAUGAAAAUGUUACGUC